GCGAAUGGACAGGCACAUCGCGGCGCCUGCGCGUAAUGACGAGUUCUGUUUAGAGUUCGACCACAAAUCAACAAGAGGAUCGACAUUGAACUAAGUGAAAUCAACAAGAGGAUCGACAUUGAACUAAGUGGGAUCAUUAAACAAGGGGGAAGAUGAACAAUCGCCUCUCUCUCAAAGCAAAUGACAGGAUCAUUUAUGAAAUGGCAACAAAGGAAUGAACAAAAGUCAUGAGUUACACACUGAAGAAAAGAGAGGGAAAUAAACACAAAGUGGGCCCGAAAGGAGAGGAAGUGAGAAAGAAAGAGGAAGAGAAACACAUCUACAGACAGAGGGGCUAUUAGAGCAAACUUUCAUCAGUUUACACUGCAGGUUGAGAAACGUCACACUCCUCGUGGGUUUAACCACUAGGCCUACUAUUAUGACAACUCGUGUUCGUGUGCCAUGAACUCAAAUUCUACUGCGGCCACCACUACCACUUCAAGAAAGAGUUGUUUGAAAUGUGUCAUAAAAUGUGUUAUCUGUAACUUCUUCUGAUACUGCAAGUCAUUCUAUAGACAGUCUACUGUUCUUCUACAUUUAGGUCAUUUAGCAGAGGCUCUUAUCCAGAGUAACACAGUCUUCUAUCCUAAAAAAUACAUUUUAAAGAACUUGUUGAGAAGGGGAGUUAACCCGUAUAUUUUCUGAUAAGUGCAGUUUGAAUUGGAAUGCAACGCCUUAUCUCUCCCACCCAGCAGUUCUCUCUAGUGAUACAACUACUUUUCAGCCAGACACUCUCUAAUACUCAAAACAACUAUCAAGAGGGAUAGAGAGGGAGAGAGAGAGAGAGAGAGAGAGAGAGAGGGAGAGAGAGAGAGCGAGGGAGAGACAGAGCGCGAGGGACAGAGAGAGCGAGAGGGAGAGAGAGAGCGAGGGAGAGAGAGAGAGAGGGAGAGAGAGAGAGCGAGGGAGAGACAGAGCGCGAGGGAGAGAGAGAGCGAGAGGGAGAGAGAGAGCGAGGGAGAGAGAGAGAGAGAGAGAGGGAGAGAGAGAGCGAGGGAGAGAGAGAGAGAGGGAGAGAGAGCGCGAGGGAGAGAGAGCGCGAGGGAGAGAGAGAGAGCGAGGGAGAGAGAGAGAGAGAGGGAGGGCGUAUAGAAAAAUUAAGAGGAGUCAGAGGAUAGAAAAAAGGGUCUCUGAAUACAGUGACCCAAUAAACCCCACAGUAAUAAGACAACAAGAACAGUCCUUUGAGUGACAGUUAAACAGGCAGCCAGUCAGAGCAGGGAGUCAGCCAGGCAGGUAGCUAUCAGUCGGUCAGCCAGCCAAUCAGAGCAGGGAGUCAGCCAGGCAGGUAGCUAUCAGUCGGUCAGCCAGCCAGCCAGUCAGAGCAAGGACUCAGUCAGCCAGGCAGGUAGCUAGCCAGCCAGUCAGCCAGCCUGUUAAUCAGGGAGGAUGCUGGGAUGCGGUGGGGGGGGAGUGGGGUUGCGGUACAGGCUGACCCUGGCCACAGGGCUGGUGGAGUGUCUGUGUUUUGCCGGCGUGGUCUUCGGCUGGGCAUCGCUGGUCUUCGUCCUGAAGACAGAUGGAUACUUCACUGACCUGUGUGUCAAUCUGACUACUGGACCCAACAGUACAGUGGAAACAGACUGUAGUGGACAGGAUGCACAAUUCUCUCUGGUCUUCACCGUCACCUCCUUUAUGAACAACUUCCUCACGCUUCCCAACGGAUUCAUCUUCGACCGCUUCGGCACCAUGGCAACGAGGCUUCUGGGAAUAUGUCUCUACACCACUGGUACACUGAUGGUUGCCUUCUCCAGUUCAGCUCUGUCCAUGCUGCUGUUCCCAGCCCUGUCCUUCAUCGCAGUGGGAGGUAUAAUGUUCCUCAUCACAAACAUACAGGUUGGGAACCUAUUUGGCUCCCAUCGUUCCACCAUCAUCACCCUCUAUAAUGGAGCCUUCGACUCUUCCUCUGCUGUCUUCCUCAUCAUCAAGGUGAUGUAUGAAGGAGGGGUCUCCCUCCGCUCCUCCUUCCUCAUUCUCUCUGUCUGCAGUGUCAUCCACCUCCUCAGGACGUUCUUCCUCAUGCCCAACACCCACAUCCCCUACCCACUCCCUGAGGGCUUCACCUAUGGCGUAAGCCCUGGGAAGUCCAACAGCUACAACGUAGAGGAGAUUGAGAAGACGCGAGAGACGGGGAUGACAUCGGAGGGGGAGGGGCCAGCUGAGACCGACGACAUGCCCCUACAGCCUGAUGAUGGGCAGCAGUCGGAAGACUCUGGGAAAGUGGCCAGUUUCAGGAGCUGUGUGCAGUCGUGGUUCUUCCUGUGGCAUCUGGUGUGGCUGUCUGUCAUGCAGCUGAGACACUACCUCUUCAUCGGAACACUGAACCCCAUGCUCAACCGGUUGGCCGACAACGACUCAGCCCUGGUGAGUCAGUACACCAAUGCCUUUGCCUUCACCCAGCUCUGUGGGGUCCUCUGUGCUCCCUGGAACGGCCUCAUCAUGGACAGACACAAGGGGAAGCCUCUGGCUCCAGGAGAAACAGAUAAGGAGGCAGACCUGAGCUCCUCCUCUCUCUCCCUCUUCCUCACCUCUCUCCAGUGCCUCCUCUUCUCCAUCUGCGCCUCCUCGCCUCUCCUCCCUCUCCAGUACCUCACCUUCAUCCUGCAGGUCCUCAACCGCUCCUUCCUCUACGGAGGCAACGCAGCCUUCAUCAGCAUCGCUUUUCCUGGGGUCCACUUUGGGAAGCUGUAUGGUUUGGUGAUGUCUCUGUCUGCCGUGGUGUCACUGCUGCAGUACCCCUGUUUCGCCCUGGUCAAAGGAGCCCUAGGUGGAGACCCCUUCUAUGUGAACAUCGCUCUGACUCUCCUCACUCUACUGGCGUUCAUCCAUCCAAUCAACAUCUUCUACCACUGCAGGAAACUGACCAAUCAGAGGGAGGAUAUGGCCGGCGGUGCUGCCAUCACAUUGGCUGAGGCCAAAAUGUAGGGGACAUUACAUGAUGGUCCUGAGCCAAGGGAAACAGGAAUUGUCUUAUUUCUAAUUGUUGAAAGGGAAUAUGUGAAAAUGUCAAAUAAUAAAAUGCUUUUUUAUACUUGUUUUACAGUAAUCCCAUAUUCCAUCAGUAUGUUUUGUUGGAUAGUUGUCAAUAAAAAUGAUUAUCCAUUA